GAAGUAUUAGUGGUAAUCUGGUGUUUAUUCAGCAUGGAUGUUCACCUUUACUUUUGGUUUGGGGUGGAACGAGGGAGGGAUCCAGUUGUUAAUGGGGAUUGGGGAACAGAGAUUUUAAUCAUUUAUUUACUUACACGUAUUGGAGCGCAGAGCCAGAACUGUGAAAUGUUUAUGCACCUAGAUGUGAAUACAGAAAUAUAUCCCAUGCAUGUUGGUGAAAAAUUUACAAUGGCAUUAGCUCACACAUUGAAUAUGGAUGGAACACCAGAUACUGGCUAUUUCGCUCAGGGAGGGAGGAAGUCUCUUGCAGACAAGUAUGAAUAUAUCAUGCAUGGAAAGCUAUACAAAAUCUCAGAUGAAAGCUCAGGAAAAUUGCUUAAAGCGUAUGUAUUUAUCUUCGUGUUUGACAAGUUUGUCUUGCUAUUGGAAUUGGUAUUGUUACUCUGUGGUCCUGUGGCUGAAGACAUGUUUCAUUGGCAAGCAACAAUCAUGGGUCCACCUGAUAGCCCGUAUGCUGGUGGAGUGUUUCUGUUCACAAUUCAUUUUCCUCCAGACUACCCAUUCAAACCACCUAAGGUCGCAUUUAGGACAAAGGUGUUUCACCCUAACAUCAACAGCAAUGGAAGCAUUUGCCUUGAUAUUCUGAAGGAACAGUGGAGCCCUGCCCUAACCAUAUCCAAGGUGUUGCUAUCAAUUUGUUCACUGUUGACGGACCCAAAUCCCGACGACCCAUUGGUACCGGAGAUUGCCCACAUGUACAAGACUGACAGGGGCAAGUACGAGACAACUGCAAGGAGUUGGACCCAGAAGUAUGCUAUGGGCUAAGCUAGCUGCUAUUCAUGUGAAUAUGCGAUGUGGGGUUUCUUACGGGGUGGAUUUGAUCUUC